AUGGAGAAACAUUUGCAGGCGACGCAGAGGUUUCUGAAAGGUCUUGCCUCUUUGCCCACUUUUGCGGAAGUGAAGGCGAGGCAGCUGAAGCACCUGAGAGGUGUCAUAGAGAAAGCAGCCUCGCAAGGCACUGCUGCGGUGGCUGAUCUAGUUGCAAGUCUGGAUCCGACAAUAUGGAAUCCAGAAGAACUAGAGACUUUGAAGCAUGCCUUGGCCGAUAAGGUAUCCGACGGAAAAGAGAGGCGCAAAAUGCAAGACUUCACUGCAUUUCCGCGUUAUCUUCCAGAGCAUGUCUGGAAUCGUUUGUUGACAAGCAGCAACCAGAAGGAUCGGUUGGAGUCCUUGGUAAAAUUUUGCAUUUCCUUAGGAAUGCGAUGCCCAAGUGAGCCAACGAUCGGUGGUUUAGUUUGGCUGUCAACAUGUGCGUUGAGAACGCAGGAGAUCAGUGAAAGCGAGAAGGUGCUUGCAUUGAAAGAAUCGAAGCCAAACAUUCGACGUUGGUUGGCCAAUUUGGCUUCUCCGGCAGUGUAUCUGCAGGUAUUGCCGACGAAUGUGGCCGAUUGCCCCGCCGAGCUCAUGCAGGUGGCAUUUCCUCAGGGAUUUGAGUCGUAUACUCCGCCUGGCUUCCAGCUGGCGCAUUACGAGGAAGUCGUGCGGCGAUUUCCGUUGCGUCGUCGCGAGGGCGAGGAUGGCAAGGGGGGUGCCGCUGGCAUGUCGGGUGAGUAUACGCACAUCUUGGGGAAAUUGUUUGCUGGCGCGGUCGAAGGGGUGUUGGCUCGCUCUGGCUCAGUGUCCUCUGCGGGAGGAUCAUCACUGGCUGAGAGCCAAUCGAAUCGGUUGCCGUUGCAGGACGGCACCUCGCCAGCACCUUCUGCUGAGCCGGCUCUGCGUGCGGGACAGAGUGUGCCAGCGGGGCCAAGCCUGUCUGCGGGACAGGGAUCCAUGCCGCUUUUGGCUUUGGAGGAUGCACCGCGCGUGGAUGGGCAGUUCUGCGCUGCUCUUUCCGGUGCUUCCGAGGCACCAACUGUGGAGUCGCAAUUGAAGUGUCUGCAAGACGCUCUGCAUGCGCCUCCUGCGGAGGGUGCAGAUCUUCCGGAUGAUAUUAAAAAACGGCCGGCUUCCAAGCAAAAGGUUUCUAAGAAGAAUGCCGCAACGGGUCCUUCAGGCUCUGCGGGAGCAAAGAAGCGCCCGGCGGCUCGGGAGGAGGCUGCGCGUGGUGCCGUUGGGUCUGCGGGAUCCAAGAAGCGGCCGGGUGCCUGCGAGGCAUCAAUGGCAUCUUUGCCGCACGCAAACGCUGCUUCUGCAGCUGGGUCUGUGCGAUCCAAACAGAAGUUGGCGAGCAAAGCAAAGGCUAAACCGAAGUCAACCCGUGCAAAGGCAGGACAGAAGGCAAAGCGCGUGCAAGGCAAGGACGCAUAUCGAAAGAGGUUGCUAGCCUCCGUACUGCUGCUGCGGCCAAUGGGAGCGGAGAGUGACGACUACGAGUCGGUCACUGCAGAAGAAGAAGAAGAAGAAGAACGGGAUGCUUCGCCUCCGCCGCCUGCGGGCGUGACACCGAAGGCGAAAGCGAUCAUUCCACCCCGGGCUCCUUCUAUGCCACCGCCUACGCAUGGAGCGUAUGUGAAGGCAGUGAAGGAUGAAAAGCUUUCUUCUUCUCCUUCUGUUUCUCCAGCGCCUGCGCGGCGCCAUCGACCACCGCGUGUGGACUCGGAGGCGGAAUCCUCCUCGCCGCCUAAGCCGGCGUCAAGCCGACCGGGGCCAGCGAAGACCAGUCGGAAGUGGGUUGACAGGCCUACGUGUGACAUCUGCUGGUUGCCGGUGAGUCCAAAUCCAUCUAGCAUGGAUCAACAUCGGCGAUGGAACCUGCAGUGCUUGCAGUGGCAGCAAUGGAAUACAGGACGCUGUGCGUCGUGGCAGGAGGCAGGGGACAAGGCCGUGAGGCAGAAAGCGCGACGAGAAGCGCGCGCAAUUCGACAGCAAGCAGACGCGUAUACAGGUGGAGGUGGCAAGGCCGUCGAGCCGCCGCAGCCGCCUGCUGUGCCUGCGGGGCACAAAGAACCGGACAGGGACCGGCGUCGCCGUCGCCAUACGACGGAUGAGAAGAAGAAAAAGAAGAAGAAACACCGCAGUGUGCGGGACCCAACUCCGGAGGUGGCGCGUCCGGAGCGUCAUCGCCGCAGACGUCCGCCGUCCUCGGAUUCCGAGGAGCCGCAGCCCAGGCGGUCGAAACGACCACGGCAGCUCAUCAUCACGCUGCCGCCGGAUGUGCGCAUCUGA